CGCAGGGGGCGGGCAGCAGCGACGGGGUGGCGCCGCCUCCCCGCCCGCUCGGCGCUGCGGGGCCGAGGCUGAGGAGCCGGAGCGGCGGCGCUGCCUCUGCGGGCGAGCGGGCGGGAGAAGCCGCAGACGGGCGUCCCGCGCUGCUAUGAGCUCGUCCCAGGUAGGUACCCGCCGCCGCGGCUCCGGCAGUCCAUCGGUGUCCUCCACCACCGCCACCACCAGCAGCAGCCGCCGCUCCGGAGUUCCCACACCGUAAGUUGUCGCCGGAGCGGGGCCCCGCGGGCAGCACCGAGCCCAUUCCUCACGCCAGCACCUCACUGAGCCACGGCCAGGCUUUGCCUGCUUGCUUUUCUCCUCCAGGGAUUGUUCUGCCCGGAGCAGUUUCUCACAGCCGGGUCUCCGUCUGGCUGAUGUAGCUCUGCUGUGUUUUCCUAGGCUUAUCUAAGGACAGUUGUCAAAUUUAUAUCAUUCCUGUUGUCAAAUUUAUAUCGUCCCUCUUAUUUUUUGUAUCUGCAAAGCCAGUUAUUUUGUAAAAGGUGUUUUUUUUUUUUUCUUGCAGUGUGCUCCUGAACACCCCAUGUUAGCUACUUAUCAGCUUUCCAUCUGACUGUUUACAAGUUGAUUGCUCAAAAACUUGUAGUAAAAUCUUUCCAAAGACUCAAGUUAGGCUAACAAGUCUUUACCUCCCUCGGUCCUCCUCCUCCCCUGUCUUGGAGCUGUGUGCUAGUCUCCGUCUCGUGUCCUCUCUGACUUCUAAAAGCAUUGCUUGGGUCAACUCUUCAAGCAUCAAGGGAGGAUUUCAUAAGUGUCCGCUGACUUGAAAAUCUUUAUCUUAUCUUGGUCUUUUAACCUACCUCCUUCCACUUUGACCUCACCUUCUGUCUCCCUGCAAGAUUAAUUUCAUUAAACAUUUAGUCACAAUUAACCUUUCUGCUGGGGUCUGCCAUAAGACAUUUCACACUUUCAUCCUGUUUUGCAUCACCUAUGAUUUGUUUGUUUUGCUCCUUUGCAAGUAAUGAACCUUGACUUCUUUCUUUUUCUUUUAUUGUCUUCAAAGAACCUUUGCUUGCUACUCUUUAUGUGCCUUACUAGUAGUAACUCAUUUCUGUACCAUGGCUGUUCUCAUUUUAUUGCUACAUGGUAGCACUGGCUCUUAAUAAUGAUCCUUAGCCAUGUACCCCCACUUUUUUUUUUUUUUUUUUACCUUUUGUGUGAUUUUUUUCAAAUCAUUAAAAUACUCCUGAUGCAGUUAAGACAGUCUUACACACUUUUGCUUUUGAACUGCUUUUGUGCACUGAGUCCCUUUUGUGCACUGAGUCCCUUUCAGUAACUGCCAGCUGUCUGCUUUCUUCCAUUUCUUAGAUGAUUUGCCCAAGACUCAUGCUUGUCUGUUCCCUGAGGUUGUUUUUAUGAAGUCUGUUAGUUUUAUUCCAUUCCUCACAUUCUGCUUUCCUUAGAACAGUGAGAAUCUGUGGACAGUGGACCGAAUUCAGCUCAGAAGAGCAAUUUGUCAUGUCCUAUUCCAUGAUGUCCCCUCUCAAGGAUUCUUUGGACAAAAACUGGAAGUAGGCUGCAGUACGGCUAAACAGUACCAGUAGCCCACUUUCUCUUGGCAGUUCCAUGUCUCUUCCUCUAAGUUUUGCAGUACUUUCAUAUCCCAUGGCAUGAACUGAAAUGGGCUCUCUAAUCACAUGGUGAAUGCAUGCAUAUUCUGUGACGUCUACUUGAUGUACAUCUCUGUUCUGGUCAGAAUACAACUAUUCUCAUUAUGUUCCCGGAUGUGAACCUAUCGUGGUACAGGAAAUGCUGGCGUUUUGGUCAUGUGUUAGCUACAUUUUGGGUCACAUGGCAAGAAAGAAGUCAAUGUUUGUUUCAAUGCAUGCAUAAAAAUCUGUGUGCUCUACCUCUACCAGAAUGCGUCAUUGUCGGAAUCUUUUAUUAGAACACUAAUUUUGUGGUCGUUUUCACAUACUAUUUUCCAUCUUUAGAAUCUCAGUCCAAUUUCAGUGAUUUCCUCCCUUUAGUCAAAAACUGACAUGUACCCACUGAAGUACAUUUUUCUAAUAGCUUCCUCCAAGCUUCUGGGGCACAAAGCUACUCUUGAUUGUAGGAGCUUGUUCAGCACACGUAGUGUGUCCCCAGCUAAUGACUGGGUGAAGUUCCCCACUGGUUACUGUUAUAUCAGCCCUUAGAUGAUUGCUCAGAGUUUCAUUCUCCUUUCUGUGUGGUUUGUUCUUGAUAGCUCCCAAGAUAGCGGCAACCUGGUGCUUUCCCUUUACUCCUCCUUAACCUGCCUUUCCUUAUUGCUUCAUUGAUUUUCAGAGCUCAUUCCUAUUCUACAGUGCGGAACCACCUGUGUCAGAACUGUGGUUUCAUGCAAAGGCUUCUUUCCUGGGGAUUGUGUUUUUGUUUUUGCUUUUUAUGUCUGUCUCUUUGUGUUUGUUACAGCUUUACUGAAGUUCUGUGACCUCUUCUCUCCAAAGCUAUAGCAGUAUUUCUUUUAAUUUUCUGAGAGCCUUAGAUUGCUCACGGCCUCCCUUACUGCAAUGGUGAAUUUGAGUCUUAAAACUCUCUAAUCAUUUUUUUUUUAGUUCUGUGAAAUCUGUCACACAAUAUCUGUCAAUAGGUCAGUACUGUGCUUGAUAGUACAAGAAAAACUUUUCCUUGUUCCACAUGAAAGUAACUUUUGGAUAAGAUCCUAUGGUUGAACCGGACAUGCACAGCAUAUAUUAUUCUUAUGAGAAGGAUAUAUAUGUAUUGUCUCCUUAAAACUGUAGCAGCCAGGAAUAAAAAGGCUUUGAAAGGUCCCUAGACCUAAUUAUUGUAUUGAAUAGGCAGAGGAGAAAUGAGCUAUGUUUUUGAAUAGGAGGGGAAUCUUAAUGAGAAACAUUUUGUUUUCAUUGUUAUUUCUAAGUUAUUGGAGCAAUGUCAGAGGAAAGUUAAGGGUGUGUUUUUGUUGUAUUCUUUUUUCUUGUGGUCAUAUAAUGCUCAAAACUAAGCAAUCAGUCUGUAAUGUGACACUGAAAUAAUAGAGAUUGUCUGCUGAAUGGUGUUGUGAUGUAACUCAGAGACAUCCAGUAUCGAAUCCAGUUGUCUGCCUUGAAAAAUGCAACUUUCUACUCCCUGAGAGUUCCAUUUUUUAAUUCAGACAGAAGUUGAAGGUCAUAAAUGAUAUGGUAUUAUACCUGGACCAGUACUCGUAUGCCACAACGCUCCUUAUAGUUGGAGUACAUCUGCCAAGGUCACUCCAUGCUUACCCUGAAAUCCACCACGAACGAAUGGAGAAUGAAUAUGUAGCUACUUCAGUCUUCAAAUAUUUUAAAUUUAAGUAUUAAAACUUGCCUGGAUUAAACUCUAGCUUUUAGAUUAGUGAGUCUUAAUUUCCUUUGUGACAGCAUUGACAUGCUGUCAUACAAAGAUCUGUUUAAAAUAUAAAGAGGAGUUUGUGUGUGCUGACAGAAUUAUUGUUCUUUCAAGGAGAUGCAAUUAUUUCACCCUUUUGUCUUUCAUAUAGCCUUUGUUGAAUUCCCUGAAAAAAGUUGAUACUUUUUUGUGAAAAACAUUGUGAGAUUCAUCAUGACAAACUAACAAACAUAAUCACAGUAAUAAUACAUAUUAUAUGUAUGCGGGUUUUAUAUGCGUAGCUCGUAUCACAGUCCUCUUAAAACUGUAAGUGAACAUCACCGCCCUAUUAUUAUCCCCUUUCCGAAUAGCACUGCACCAUGUUCAGAAUAGCACUGCGCUCCAAGUAAUUGACUUCUGUCAAAACUGAUUGUGUUUACUGUAAUGCAGGUGAUCAGAAUACAUGGCUCUCAUCACAAUCCUCUUUUAAAACUGUCAAUGAGCUAUCUCAGUUUCAUAGGCAGGAUACCUGAGCAGUAUAGCUAAGAUCAGGAUUUCCACACCUAAGUCCCUCUAAAUCAGAUAGCUCUCACUGGACAGAAUUUGAUACCUGCAUGUAAUGAAUGUGUUACUUAGAAUUAGUCAAGAGUUACUUACUGAUCACACUUUAUACUGAAGAAAUCUAACUUCUUGCCCUCCUUUUCAUCUUUGUUCAUUAAUCACUGACCUCGCUGCCAUCUCCCUACAAACCUUUGCAUUCUCUAGACCCUUCUGCAUUAUGCAUUUUUUUUAACCAGGAUCAGCAGUCAUGCAUCUUCAUGCCUCAUUGAUUUGAUGAUUUUAAUUAAAGUGGUUUUAAAAAUAUACGUACGAUCUUUCCUAUACUUUAUUAUUUCCUUUUCAGUUUUUUACUACAUACUUAUUUACUUCUGUAUUAUUAAAAUACUUGAAAUUCUUGUGUUUCUCCUUGUAUUUGUGACACAUAUGGACUAAUUAAUUUUGUCUUGCUACUUUAUGAAGGAGAAAAUAGAACAUGAAAAUUAGAACCACAGAAUUUGCAUCCAGAGGUGUGCAUGGAUUUUGAUAGCUCAUUAAAAUGUAUGACACUGCUUUUUUUCCUUCUUUUGUUUUCUCUUCUUUUUUUUUUUUUCCAGAAAAAAUCAUUGUAGGUUUGGUGGCUUGGAAGUAUGGAAUCAAUCUCUAUGAUGGGAAGUCCUAAAAACCUCAGUGAAACUUUUCUACCAAAUGUUGCCAAUGGCAUCAAGGAUGCCAGUAAGAUCACAAUAGGCAUCAUUGGAAGUGGAGACUUCGCAAAGUCACUGACAAUUAGGCUUAUCAGAUGUGGGUACCACGUGGUUGUAGGAAGCAGAAACCCUAAACUUGCUGCAGAGUUCUUUCCCCAUGUGGUUGAUGUCACUCACCAUGAAGAUGCAGUAGCCAAAGCAAACAUCAUUUUUGUAGCCAUUCACAGAGAACAUUACGCCUCUUUGUGGGACCUCAAGCAUCUACUCAUCGGUAAAAUUCUGGUUGAUGUCAGCAACAAUACAAGAGUAGACCAAUAUCCAGACUCCAAUGCAGAGUAUUUGGCAUCACUUUUCCCAGAUUCCCUGGUUGUCAAAGGAUUCAAUGUUGUUUCAGCUUGGUCUCUACAGUUAGGACCAAAGGAUGCCAGCAGACAGGUCUAUAUAUGCAGUAACAAUGUUCAGGCUCGCCAUCAAGUUACUGAGCUUGCCCGUCAGCUCGGUUUUAUUCCUAUUGAUCUGGGGGCAUUGUCAUCUUCAAGGGAGAUUGAAAACUUACCUCUGCGACUGUUCACACUGUGGAAGGGGCCUGUGGUGUUGGCCAUUAGCCUGGCAACGUUUUUCUUCAUCUAUUCCUUCAUCAGAGAUGUAAUCCAUCCAUACGUCAGAAAUCAACAGAGUGACUUUUACAAGAUCCCCAUUGAGAUUGUGAACAAGACUCUGCCAAUUGUUGCCAUCACUCUGCUCUCCCUAGUGUAUUUAUCAGGACUUAUUGCAGCUGCUUAUCAGCUUUACUACGGUACCAAGUAUAGGCGAUUUCCACCUUGGCUGGACAACUGGCUGCAGUGCCGAAAGCAGCUCGGGCUACUCAGUUUUUUCUUUGCCACAGUGCAUGUGGCAUACAGCCUGUGCUUACCCAUGAGGAGAUCAGAGCGAUAUUUGUUCCUCAAUAUGGCAUAUCAACAGGUUCAUGCAAACGUUGAAAAUUCUUGGAAUGAGGAAGAAGUGUGGCGAAUUGAAAUGUAUAUCUCCUUUGGAAUAAUGAGUCUCGGAUUGCUUUCUUUGCUGGCAGUAACUUCCAUCCCUUCAGUAAACAGUGCCUUAAACUGGAGGGAGUUCAGUUUUAUUCAGUCUACUCUCGGAUAUGUUGCUCUGAUCAUAAGUACUUUCCACGUACUGAUUUAUGGAUGGAAGAGAGCUUUUGAAGAAGAGUAUUACAGAUUUUAUACACCACCAAAUUUUGUUCUUGCCCUUGUUCUGCCCUCCAUUGUAAUUCUAGCGAGGCUACCCCAAAGCCACAGUUUAUCUACAGAGGUGUCUCAUCAUGAAACGUGUCAUGACCAAAAAUUGGGGAUCUGCCAGCCGCUUCCCUCCAGCUGCCCAGCAAGAGUCUCUGCAUUGUGUAUGGACGGGGAAAUGGUUUUCUCGUUGAAAAAGAGGAGACGCGGUCAGCGGAUCUGAAUCAUGCCAUCAGGCUACUCGAAGGUUCGGACUCUAGCAAUUUGGAAGAAGAACAACUGAAAGUUCUCAAGAAGGUAGUCAAGCGUUUUGAAAAUGGGCUUCCCCUUAAGGAUUUAGCGCAAAUAA